CUGUGCCACCUUCAGACCCACCUCAACCUCAGCCCUAGGAUGAAUCCCUCAGAAGGCUCCGCCGCCCUUAUAAAGCAGGGCCCGGUCCACCAGUUUCCGGUUCUUUUCUUUCUGAAUAUUUUCCACGAGUCUCCCUCUAUCUGUUAUCCAAGUGAAUCGAUCUGUAUCUAUUAGAGAUGCGUCACGUCCUCAUUGCCCUUUUCGGGGCCACCGCCGUCAUGGCCCAAACCCCUGAAGAUCUCGUCAACAGCGUGCUGCCCUCAUGCAUCCGCUCUUGCGCCGUCGACACCUUUGAGAUGGCCUUGGGAUGCGAUCUUAGUGAUACCGACUGUAUUUGCAGGAUGAAUGAGGGUGACAUUGCGAGCGACGUGCUCGACUCUAUCAUGGACGACCUGACAGACUGCGCUUCGAACUCGGACUGCCAGAUCCAUGAGCUCGAGGGCCUCUCGGGCUUGGACCUUGAUGCAGUUGAGUCCCAGGCUCAGGGUAUUUGCGGAGGCUCCAGCAGUAGCGCCGGCACCAGCACCCCCUCCAGCAGCUCUAGUGCUAGCACUAGCACCUCAUUAAGCGAGAGCUUUAGCGAUUACUCCAGCAACAAAAACAGCGACUCUGGCGUGGAGACAUCUGACAACAGUACUCCUGCCCAGGAUACAGAUGCCUGGAGUAAUGGCGCCAUGACCCUUUCUGGCUCCACUGACAUCCUUGCGGCCAGUGUCAUGAUUGUCCUUGCCGCCCUCUAAGCAAUAUGCUACACUUGAUACUCUUGUGGAUGAUCUUUCCGCUUCGCGACAUAUUAGCUUCUGCUAUGGUCUGACGAACUGGAAAAGAUCUGAAAACUUGAGGGUACGUUACAAGUUGAAUCCCGAAUCGACCUCUAGUCAAUCGGAUUCGAUACAGAAUUAUUCGUAAACGCGUAUCUCUAUUGUCUACUGUAUUUGAUUAAGCUUCGACUUAUAUACGAUACUCCUCCGGUCGUUCACAUGACCAAUUACGAAACAUGGGACGCCCGGACCUUGUUCAAGCAAACCGACAUGGCCUGGUCAACGUUCUAUG